AUGAACAGCUUAAUGGACCUCCCGAAGGAGGUUUUAAACAGCUUAUUACAGUUCUUGCCACAGGAACUGCUUCUUAAUCUAGCACUCACUAACUUUCAUUUUUACGAGCCAUGCCUACGCAAGCUCUACAGAAAGUUGGUAAUCCAAGUGGAUCCAGUCUUGAAGUACGAAACCAAAGACCAUACAAGGCAAAGAAUGGACCACAUACAUCUGAGCUGUACCACUAUCUCAGGUUUCGCUUCUGUCUACAUGAACAGACAUGCCCACUUGCGAAUGCUCGCUGCUAAAUUGAAGACCAUGAUCAUUUCAAUCACCACCAAUCCCGCCUUGGCGACUUACAUUGAAGAAAUUGACGUGUGUGGGCUGCUUGAUUCUGAAGUAGCGGCUUUAUUGAAACAAUUGCUCGACCUAUUGGCUUCUGUCCCUAAUGGCAUCCACAAGAUUUAUAUUGCAGAUGCCAAAUUGAGAAGAUCUUUGGGUUAUCACAACAUUGUGAAGUCUUUUGCCCUCACAUGUGUCUGCAUUGAAGGCCCUCAGGACCUUGGUCAUUUAAGUACAAGCUUUCCCGAUUGCCAAGAGAUUAUUGUGAUGAACUAUGAUGGGGGAGCUCCGCUUCCAGCAUCUGUGGUCCCUGUCAUGGAAAAGCUCAUUUCCCUAAGGAUUCGGAAUGAUCCAAACGUAUUUUCAAAAUUCACUGAGGCUCUCCUUAAGUUGUGUAGUAGGGUUCCCUUUGUCAUGAAACACUUGAAAACGUUCAAUGUUGUACAAACCCAUGAUAAUUAUGAACAACAAUUUCCUUACAUCGACUUUGAAACGCUCGAGAACUUACAAAUCUCUCUUGGAUGCAACAAUGCAACCGGAUGCGACCAAAAAUGUUUAGAGCUUGGCUUGUCCCGCUAUAAUAUGCUCAAUCCGAAGCGGCUUUCGUUUAUUCAGAGUUCAAAGGCAUCAUUAAACUCGCACAAGUAUACCGAGAAAUGGGAUCUCACAAUCUUUCGGUAUGUGAAGGAUAUUGUGGAAAGUUCAGAUUCUCUCUCUUAUCUCAGUAUUCGUCACAAUGUUCCUGAUGAUGGCAUUAUAGACGAUGGUUUCGAAGGCAAUUACAUCCGGAAAGUGAAGCUUUACACUCUUCUUUUACCCAAUCUUUUGGCCACAAUCCAAAGGCAUGUGGUGAACUUGGUGCUUCCUAAUCUAGUUGCCAGCUUAGCUUGCUAUGAGCAGCCUAUGAACACUUUUCUUUGGAACGGGUGUCAAUGCCCACACUGCAAAAAGUAUUUGGCAAAGUUGGACAAGUUCAUGCUUUACCACCGUUACUACAAUCGUGAAAAGGCAGUUUUCAAGGAUGUUUUGACAACACAAUUAAUGCGUUCGAUUAGUGAAGUGCUAUGUGAUAGGAUAGAUGAUGAUCCAAAUUUGGGUGAUUUGUUUUUGCUUACGAAACCCAUGAGGAACGUAACUUGGGACUUCCAUAGCAGCAAGUUUUCCAUUCCACUUCUUUGUUUACCUGUUAAGAACUAUGAGAUGGGCUACUUCGAGGAUGAAGCAGACGAAAAAGCGGAGCGGGCUCAGCGUUUUUUUGACGCAGAAGAUAAGCAAAAUGACUGUAUUUUUCUUCACCAGGAAAAGUUUGUUCCAAACUACCUGAUUGUCAUUUCUCAUUACUUAAACGAUAUAAUUCGGCGUAUGAUUAACUUGAAUAGAGGAGAUGCAGAGGAUGUGAAAAUUGGCGACGUUAAAGACGAAAAUGAUGGCUUCACUAGCUUGAGAAUCAACAAAAUGUUGGUCAAUGGCAUAGAUUACAAUUUUGACCAUGAGAUUAAUGGCACAAUCUUCUACGUGAAUUCAUACGAUGAUACGAAUGAUGAAUACUAA